ACGCGCGCGCGCAUUACCCGAAUGUUCUUUCAGAUGUCCAGUGCGAGCACCAGCAAGGAGACCUGCGACCCAGUAACAUGCUUCAUGGCCAAUAGUUUGCGCGGCCUUCACUGGCAGUUUGAGCCGGAGUUCAAAGUCCUGUACUUCAGCGUGCGGCCGCGGGGCGGGGCCCGCGAGCACGUCUUUCGGUCUAUCAACCUGUGCAAACUCUCUUCGCCACAUAGGUUCUGGCAUUCCAUGGAAACUCUCCGCCAAAGGCACCCUGACGCAAGAAUAAUUCUGUCAGUGCACCAGGGGAAGGAGUAUUUUUCGUACUACACCGUGUGCCCCUGGCGGAAGGACCUGUACGGGCACAUGGCCGACCUCCCUGUCAGCGAGACGCUGGAUGUGCCUCAGCUGCUGGACCGCUACAGCGCUCUCUUCAGUAAUACCACGCAAAGAAAGGCUCGGAAGAAAAAGAGAGAAUGACAGUA